GUGUGCAGAUUUGUCCAUCUAAUCUUCUACUGAGUAAGCACAUCGCCUCUAAGCCAUACAUAUAUUUGUUGAAAUGAAUGCAUGUCCACUGAGAGGCUUGCGGUAACCCGUGGACAGGCACCUUGGCGACGCGACGCGAGAGGCCCGAGAUCAGCUCAGCGUGGCAACUGCAUACGGCAGUCUCCGAAAUUCAAAUUCCGACAUCUGGUCUCCGUCGCUAUGAAUCUUCGUCCUCUUCAAUCCUUUCUCAUUCUCGAGCUGUGCUCUUUUUUGCACUUUCACUUUCUUUUUUCCUACAGUCAUCUCUCCUCCUGCUCGUUGAAGCUAGUCUUCCCUUUCGAUCAUUCGUGCAUUGAACAGAGCUCUCCCUCAGACAAAUCCUAAACUUCGAUUCAGUCAUCAUUUCAGGAAUGGGGAAUCUCAUCUGGCAUGAUCUCGCUCGUUUUGUCUCUAUCUCUGCCAGCAUUUAUGCUGUGUGGUCCGCAUUCUUUGGAUUAUUCUUCAGGAAAUUCUUUUGGGACUUUGUUGGGGGCAUUGUCAGGGAUCCAGGAGGAAUCCAGCCUGCGCCGGGUGCUGCAGUGUUUAUCAGUCUCAUCGUCAAAGCGCCGGUCAUCCAGGUUUUCACCAUGAUCAUCGGUGCUUUCUUGGUAGUCGUGGAAUAUCCACUUCCCCAGUUCAGGGCUCUGGCCAUUCAUAGGAGCUUCAUUUUCAGGAUCGUCUUGCUAUUAUUCCAGUCCUUCUUGACGAUCCUGUACUAUCAGAUAAUUGCAAAGAUACCAUCCAGCUUCGACAAUGCGGUCAACUCGGGAGAUCUUCUCUUCUUCCCCUCCACCAUCCAUAAACACCCAGAGGGACAUGUGGAGUAUGAGAUUCGCCUGUGUCCUGCUCUACAGAAGAAACCGCAGCUUCCAUCGUCCGACUUUCAUGCCGCAGAUUCAACUCCCAAGGUCCAGCGCCUUGAUCCAUUUAAUCCACCAUAUAAUCCCAAUCUUUUCGUCGGAUAUCUGAGAAAUGAGGAGCAGGAAGAGGAGUAUGUUGUGAUGAUGAACAAAUAUUCUGUAGUCCGGGGCCACUUCUUACUCGUCACCAAAGAAUUCAAGUCCCAGACCUUGCCACUUGUUCCGGAUGACCUUGUACAAACGUACGCGCUUCUUACGGCAGCAUAUAAAGCGCGACAGAACAUGUUCGCAUUUUAUAACUGCGGAGACCUAAGCGGCGCCAGUCAACCUCACAAACACAUCCAGUUCAUCACCGUCGAUGACGAUGAUGGUCCCCCGAUCGAAGCUUUGGCAAGAGCCGUUACUCUGGAAGCGCCAGACAAGCCCUUCUCUCUGACAUCGCUACCCUAUGCGAAUCACGUCUAUCGCUUUCCUCAACGUCUUUCGUCUAUGCCCAGGGACAAGAUCGAGCACGUAUUGGCUGCGGCCUUUCUCUCGCUUCUAGAUCUCGCGAUUUCUACCAUCAGACACGCGCCUGACUAUCCUGCUGGGAAACCCUCUUACAAUGUGAUUAUUACUUUAGAACAUCUGCACGUUCUACCCCGACGAGAGGAGAACUUUGUGCUUCAAGAAACUGGCGAUAAUCUGAACGUCAACGCCCUUGGUUAUGCGGGGAUGCUUUUGGUGAAGAGUGAGAGAGAACUGGAAGCCGUAAAGAGCGAAGGCGUUGGGAAGAUUCUCAGAGGGGUUGGACUGGAAAGUGUUCACGAUCUUCAAGUUGCAGGCACUUCGCUAGAACCAGGAGACGUAGGUACGCAUCUCUGAUACAUCUGUUGUCCUAGGUCGCUACUAGAUAUAUAUUCUCCGCGAAUAUAUGUUAACUGAAGACUUUUCAUGCAAGUAAAGAGCACGUCUUCCAGAUACGAAAGACCGGAACUUGCUAUGGAUGACAAAUGCUAGGCCACCCAGUCCAG